AUGGCCGUAACUCACGAAGUAAAGCCCAGAAGUGGCUACAUUCGUGCCCUUCGAGGCAUCCAGCGAUAUGUUUGGGAUGAUCCUGACAAACCAAGCGAAGAGAAACACUUUUUGUUCAAAUUGGAUUGUUACCUCUUGAGUUAUACAUGCCUAGGAUACUUUUGCAAGAACCUGGCCCAAGCCAACAUCGACAAUGCCUAUGUCUCAGGCAUGAAAGAGGCCAUUGACAUGGGCGGCAGUGAGCUGACUUACAUGUCAAAUGUCUUCACGGCUGGCUACGUGAUCGGCCAAAUUCCAGCAGUAAUCCUCGUCACACGCGUCCGUCCCUCGAUUCUGAUCCCAAGCUGUGAAUUGCUCUGGUCAAUUUGCACAUUCUGCUGCGCUACGGUGAGUACAGUCCAGCAGCUAUACGCCCUUCGUUUCUUGGUCGGUCUUUUCGAGUCAGCCUAUUUCCCAUGUAUUGUAUACCUCAUCGGCUCAUGGUACACGGCGAACGAACGGGCAAAACGCGUGACCAUAUUCUAUUCCACGACCUCGCUAGCCACCAUGUUCAGCGGAUACCUCCAAGCAGGCGCUUACGAUGGUCUGAAUGGACGCCUUGGUCAUGCGGGCUGGCAAUGGCUGUUUAUUAUAUGCGGGAUCAUCGGCCUCCCUUGUGCUUUAAUGGGCUUCGUCUGCAAUCCUGACUUCCCCGAGACAACCCGCGCCUUCUACCUCACAGCCGACGAGAUCCAGCUUGCGCGUCGCCGACUUGCUUCAGAUGGACUCGCAGAAUUGGGGACAUCCUCGUGGGAUCGGUGGAAGAUUCUUCGCAUCGCACGCCAUUGGCAAGCCUGGGUCUUACCCAUUGGAUAUUUCCUCGUGCAAGCCGCAUGUCCGAACCAGCAGCCAGCAUUUGCACUAUGGCUCAAAGCGGAAGGAUACUCUGUCUCACAAGUCAACGUCCUACCAACAGGACAGUCGGCCGUCGCAGUCGUCGCGCAGAUUGCUGCAGGAAUGAUUUCCGAUUCCCCACUUUUUCGAGGUAGACGGUGGCAGAUGAUUACUGUCAUGCAAGCGGGGACUUUCAUUGGGAUUGUGAUUUUACUUGUGUGGAACGUCCCUUUGGGUGCGAGAUACUUUGGCUACUAUGUACUCUGGAUUGCCUAUGGUGUACCGGGUGUCUACUUCUCCUGGUUUCCGGAUCUGAUGAAAGGUGAUCAUGAAAUGCGCGGGUUUGUCAUUGCCGUGUCUAAUAUGUUCUGCUAUAUCAUGAUGAUUUGGUAUGACGAUGCUGUCUGGAGGACAGCUGAGUCGCCCCGCUUUCGACCUGGGUUUACUUCUGCUUUGGUAUGCAGUGUUGUGCUUGUGUUGUGGGUUGUGGGGAUUCAUAUGUUACAACGUCGGGAGGAAGGUAGAAGUGUAUCGUCUUCCUCGGACGAGGAGGAUGUUACUCAGCUGGAUUUACAAGUGCAGGAGGUUUCAAAGGGCUUGUGA